AUGGAUGCCAAGAAGGGGGGAGGCUUGCCUUACUCAUCUCCCCUGACUAGAGACAGUUAUUCAUCAUGGUCUGGAUGGAUGACUACCCCAGAAGGGGUGAGCCAAGAUGAUGCUGGUCAGGUUCCUAAGAGCUCAUCGAAAGCUGAGGAGAGCUUUGACCCCAGAUGGGGGAGUGAAGGAACUGUUGCUGUUCCUGUUCAAGCUGCACUGGAAGUGAAAGACAGGGGGAGGGAGGAACGGAGUUCUAAUUCCCCCAAUGAUGUUGCUACUGGAGAGCAUGCUGUAGCUUUGAACGUUGUCCGAUGUUACAAUUGUGGACAGACUGGGCAUCUUCAGCGGAACUGUAAGAAGCCACGUCGGCAAAAUAGAGCAAAGGGUAGCUCUACAACGCCUGAGGCAUCAGGCAAGAGCCGUACCAAGCCUCAGGGGAAACCUGCAAAGGCUUUAAUGUCGCUAAAAGCCACACCAGAAGUGGGGAACUCAUUUGUUCUGGACACUGGAGCGACCGUGCACAUGGCGUCACACAGAGGACUGUUUUCGACGUUUAAGAAGCAAAGCUUCACCGUGCAGCAGGCCAACGGCCAGGAGCUGGAAGCGACCGGGAUUGGGACUGUGUAUCUUGAGAGUCUGAACUUGACUAUAAACAAUGUGUACUUGGUUCCUGAGUUGAAGAUCAAUCUGCUGAGUGUUUCGCAGAUUGCAAAGAAAGGACUGAAACUGUCCUAUGAUGAUGAAAGCUGUGAGAUCUUCAAAGAUGGAGAGUUGUAUCUUUCUGCCAGAGAGAAAGAUGGACUUGGUACUGAUGAUGACAGUAGUAGCUCAAAGAGCUCAGUUGACACAUUCAUUGAGAGGAAAUCUCACACAAUGGAUAGACCUUCACAGAUGAAGGAUGAACCACUGUUUACCAUUGGUACUGGUUCUCCUAAGAGUCCAGAGGCUGAACCAGUUCUGCCUCGUUCUGUGUGCACUGACAGCUGCUAUCCGGGCUCUAGCAGGAAAAAGAAGGAAGGAGAGAAAUUUUGCUGCUAUGACUGUGCUCUGUGUCCAGAUGGGAUGAUCUCCGACAGGAAGGAUAUGGAUGCCUGUGUCAAAUGUCCAGAAGACCAGUAUCCCAACAAGGAUCAAACUAAAUGCAUUGCAAAAUUGGUAACAUAUCUCUCUUAUAAGGAAGAAUUGGGGAUCAUCUUAGCUACCUUGGCUAUUUCUUUCUCUUUGACUACAUGUUCAGUACUUGGAAUUUUUAUGAAGCACAAGGACACUCCCAUAGUGAAAGCCAACAACCGGACCCUCACCUACAUCCUCCUCAUCUCCCUCCUCCUUUGCUUCCUCUGUUCUUUGCUCUUCAUUGGACAACCUGGAAAAGCAACCUGCCUUCUACGUCAAACCACUUUUAGCAUUGUCUUCUCUGUGGCCCUUUCUUCUGUGUUGGCAAAGACCAUCACCGUGGUUGUGGCAUUUAUGGGAACAAAACCAGGAUCCAGGAUGAGGAAAUGGGUGGGGAAAAGACUGGCUAAUUCUAUUGUUCUCUCCUGCUCUUUUAUUCAGGCUGCCAUUUGUACUCUUUGGUUAAGUUCUGCUCCUCCAUUCCCAGGUAGAGACGUACAUUCAGUGAAAGGUGAAAUCAUACUGGAAUGUAAGGAGGGUUCUGUUUCCAUGUUUUACUGUGUCUUGAGCUAUAUGGGUUCCCUGGCCAUAAUUAGCUUCAUUGUGGCUUUUCUUGCCAGGAAGUUACCUGACAGCUUCAAUGAGGCCAAGUUCAUCACAUUCAGCAUGUUGGUGUUUUGCAGUGUGUGGUUAUCCUUUAUUCCAACCUACCUGAGUACCAAAGGAAAACACACAGUGGCUGUGGAGAUCUUCUCCAUCUUGUCAUCCAGUGCAGGAUUACUGGGUUGCAUCUUUUCCCCAAAAUGCUACAUCAUUGUGCUGAGGCCUGAGCUGAACAACAGGGAACAACUCACAAGGAAAAUAAAAUGA